AUGUGGAUACUGAAGCUCUACCUCGCACCCUCCCUUUGGCACCCAUCCAUCGGGUUCAGGUACUGGCAAUCCACUACCUCACACCCUCCCUUUGGCUCCCGUCCCAUCUGGUUCAGGCACUGGCACCCGAAAUCUAAGAAGCGUGGCAGGACUAAUGUGAUGGAGUCCGAUGAUGAGAGCUCACUGACAGAAAACGAUUCAGAUGUCCCUGCCCCAUCGAAGCGCACCAGGAAGGGCAAGGGCAAGGCUACCACACCACCACCACCAGCAAGAGGAAGCAAGGGCCGGAAGGAGACUUAG